GGGGGAAGCGUCCUUGGAGAUGUUGUUAGUGGUGUAACUUUCUCAUCUUUCGAACCUCUGCGUACACAAUGUCUGUGUCAAAGAACUGACAACUAAUCGAUAAUACCACAGAGGCCAAUGAGAAAACGUCUAAAGUAACCAUGACUGCAGCUGCCCUCAUAGGAGACCAGCUGAUCCUUGAAGAGGACUACGAUGAGAACUAUAUACCCUCUGAACAAGAGAUCCAAGAGUACGCAAAGGAGAUUGGCAUUGAUCCAGACUGUGAGCCGGAGCUCCUGUGGCUGGCCAGGGAGGGCAUCGUUGCCCCUUUGCCUCAUGAGUGGAAGCCUUGCCAGGAUGUGACAGGGGACAUCUACUAUUUCAACUUCUCCACGGGCCAGUCCACCUGGGAUCACCCCUGCGACGAGCACUACCGCCGCCUGGUGGCCCAGGAGCGUGAGCGCACCCAGCUCACGGCCGCUGCAGGAGGCAAAGGGGUGAAGAAAGACAAGGACAAGAAAAAGAAGAAAGAAAAGAAGGAGAAGAAAGAGAAAAAGAAGAAGGAGCCGCUCAUGACUCCUGGAGCUCUGACUUCAGCCUUGGGACCCUUAGCGUCCCCACUGGGUGCUCUGGGUCCUCUGAGAGGUCUGGAUGCCUCUGUCCCAGGCCCACUCUCUGGAUCUGCCCCUGCUCUCCGUGGGUCCCUCAGCAGCUCUGGGGGACUGGAGCCCCUCAAGACCCCCCUAGGGGGUCCUAGAAGCAUUGGGGCAUCUAGUGUUUUAGGCAGCAGGCAGGAGGAGAGGGUGUCUCUUACUCUUCCAGGUUUUGAUGAUGAUGAAAGUGAUGACGACAAAAUCUCAGAAAACGAGCCAAGUCCCCGUGGUUCAGACAGGCUCCUGAAGAACCUCCACCUGGACCUGGAUGCCCUUGGAGGGGGUCUACAGUAUGAGGACAGUGAAGCCAGUGGUAGAGCUUUACCUGAGGAGAGGACAGAGCCGGAGCUUCAGGACUUGGCCUUGUCUGGAGACCACAGCCCUGAACCACCGUCUCAACAGGACUCUUUGAGGGGCCGUCACCUCCACCUGUCCCCACUUACAAGCAGCAGAAACCACGUCAGUGAGGAGGGGGGCGGUCCUAUCAGCCCUGAGCCAGAACACUCUGCUGAACACUCAGAACAGGAAGUAGCAGAGGAGUUGAAUGAACUGGAGGAGGGGGAUGAGGAGGAGGGAGGAGAGUUGGAAGAUGGAGAUGUUUAUGGAGAGAAGCAAGAGGAUGAAGGAGGAGGGGAAGCGGAGGAGGCAGGCGAGGAGGAGAAGGGAGAGGACAGAAAUGAGCAGGAAGAUGGAGAGGAAGUAGACAGGAAAAGCAAAGAGGAGGGUGACGAGAUGGAGGAAGAGCAGAGAGAAAGUAAAGCGUCUGUGGAAAGCAAGAAAGAGGAGGAGGAGGAGGUAGGAAGUGAUGAGGUGGAGGAGGAAUGCUGCGAAGGUGAGGACGAAGAGGAAGAUGAAGGGGAUUGUGGAGUGACAGAGAACAUGAAACGCACUGAGAAGCAGGACAGCAAUGAGGGAGAGGGGGAUGACAGUGAUGAGAGGGUAGAAAGGUGCAUUGAAAGCCAGGAUGAUGAGACCGAAGACAGAGGGGAGAGUGAUGAGGCGGUGCAGAGUUUAAUGGGGGAGAAAGACGAAGUGCAAAAAGUAGGAGAAGAGGAGGAAAUUGAGGAGGAUAGUGAUGAAGUUGUGGAGCAUUGCUUCAAAAGUGAUAAAGAUGAAGGGAGUGAGGAGGAGGACAAAAAUGACAAAGACAAAGAGCAAGAGAGAAGCAUAAAGGAUGAAGAAGUUCAGAAUGAAAGUAAGGAGGAAGAGGUUGAGAAGAAUAGCAAAGGAAUGGAAGAGAGGGAAAAAGAGGAGGAGGACGGUGAGAGCGAGGAGGCUUUGGAGAGAUGCUCCCUGAGCCAGAGGAAGCUGACAGACAGUGAUGAGGAAGUGUUAGAGAGGUGUGUGCGGAGCGAGGGGGAAGAAACAGUGAGGGAAGGGACGGACACUGAGGAUGAAUCCGAUGCCCAAAAGCCCCCAGCAGCAUCGGAGAGUGAGGAGGAAGUGGUGGAGGUUUUUAAGACGGGAACGGCCGAGCUAGGCCAGAAGACGAUGUUGAGUGACCUUCCCCAAAAGGGAAAAACUCUUGCUGACGAGAUGAAGAGUGUGACCAAAAAAAGCCUCCUUCCUGAAGAGGACUCUGAGACCAGUAAAAGCAUUGAGGAGGCUUCAUCCUCCAUAGAUGUCAAGCUGUCGGAGAAGGUUCGGGACAUCAACGACUUGUCUGGAACUGUCAGUCCUCUGGAGAAAGAUGACAGAGAAGAAACAAGAGAAGAAGAGGAGAUUGAGGAGAGGGCAAAGACAAAGGCUGCUGAGGCUACAAAGAGCCCUAUGUCUGAAGACAAAGGCGACCCUCUAACCCAUAAUGUUGACCGACUCGUCCUCCACCAGUCCAGCCCUACACCCUCCCUCUCCAGCCCCUCCCACUCAGAGCGAGGGGUCGAGCUCCGACCGAAAACCGAAGGUUUCGGCAUUUCUUUGGGGCUCCAGAGGCCUGAAACCGCCAGAGGUCGGCUGGUCCGCACUUUAAACACCCAACUUGAAGAUGCCGAACUCCCCUUACAGAACCAAGACAACUCGCUGGAUGAAGAGCCAAGCUGGAGAACCCUGAAGGACAGAGGGAAGAAAGAGAGGCAGGAAGAGGAGGAGAGGAAGACGGCAGAGAGAGAGGAGAAGAGUCUGAGAGAAAGGAAGGAGGAGGAGAGAGAGAAGAGGAAGGUGGAUCAGGGGGUGGAGGAGGAGAGGAAGCGAUUGAUGGGGGAGAAGGAGAAGAGGAUGCGUCUCCUCCAGGAGGAGCUGAAGAGAGAAGAGGAGGAGGAGGAGAGGAAACUGAAGGAAGAGAGCGAGCAAAGACUAAGGGCUCUGCGGCAGCGUCUCCUGUCUGAGAGGAGAGAGGAGGAGGCCAGGCUCACUGAGGAGUCUGACAGCAUGCUGGAGGAACUCAGAGAGUCUGUCCAGAGGGAGAGGGAGAAGCAGCAGCACAAGCUCAGAGAGGAGAGCGAAGCCAUGUUGAAAGAGUUACGUGUCACUCUAGAGGAAGAACGAGCAGCGGAGCGCGACAGGCUGGAAUCCCAGAAGAGGAUGGACAUCGAACACCUGAAGGCAGAGUUGGAAGAGGAGCUGCAAGCAGAGAGGAGGAGGAUCCAAGGAGAGAAGGAGGAGACACUGAACUCUCUUAAACAGGAGGUCAAAAGCACAGAAAGGAGGAGGGAGCUGAUGGCGACUCCACGACCUGAACAGCACCUGGUGGAGUACCGCCGAGAGCUGGCUGAUGUGCUCCAGGAAGUGCGGGAGGAAGUGCAGCGUGAUCACGAGAGGAAGCUGGAGCAGCUGAGGGAGGACCACAGGAGAGAGAUGAACAACAUCAGGGAGAAAUACCUGGAUGAGGAGACCGCUCAGAGGGAGCGCUUGUUGUCCACUCUGCAGGAAGACAGAGAGCGUCUCCAGGCCUCCCACGCUGUCCAACUGGAGAAACUCCGGCUGCAGCUCGACAUGCAGAUACAAAAGACACAGCUUACGCACUCACGCAAGGAGUCAGAGCUGCAGGAUCUGGCAGAUCAGUUGGAGCUGAGAGCUAAAGAGCUGAAGAGCCAGGAGGCCAUGCUGCAGACCAAGGUAGCAGAUCUGAAGAGGAGGAGGAAGAAACUUGGGGAGGAAGAGGAGGAGGUGGACAGACAGAUCGAGACCUUACCCCGGCUGAUCCAGGAGAGAGACCAGCUGAAGGAGGAGCUGGAGAGGAUGAGAGAGGAGAAACACCAAGCCCGAGAACUCAUCCAGAGAGCCAGGCAGGAGAGGAGCGAGGCCAGGGAGGAGGAGGGGAGGCUGAGAGAGGAGAGAGACAAAGCUAGAGAAGAGAGCAGGAGAGUGAAGGAGGACAAGGAGAGACUGGAGAGCAAGGUGACGCUGCUGCAGGAGAGAUGCGACCGUCUCAGCUGCAGAGUCAGUGAGUUGGAACAAGGUGAAGGAGCGAGCGCCUCCCCCAGACAAGAACCUAAACAAGACAAAAAGACGGAGGAGAAAACAGAGGUGACGGCGCCCUCCAGUGACAGGAGAGACUCAGCACUACAUGUAGAGGACCUGGACGACUCACCGCUCUCCCCUGUACCUGACAGCCAGAGCAGCAUGGACGAGUUUCGACGCUACAUCUCCUCACACGGCACCUCCAUCCAAAAAACCAAACUCUUCCUGGAGAGGGAGAGCAGCCGGCUGAUGGAGAGACAGGCGGCUCUGCAGGCGGCCCAGACCGACUCCUCCCAGGACCCCGGCCACGAAGGAGGGGUGGUGACUAAGGAGAUGAUGAGAAACCUCCUGCAGGAGGCCAGAAAUGUGGCGGAGCUGCAGCAGACGGUUCAGAGAGGGAACUCUCUCCUGAGGAGGAAAGAGGAGCAGCUGCAGCAGCUGGAGAGCUCUAUAGCUGAAGAGCCUCUGUUUGAAGACCUGUCUCGGCUGGCAGGAGAGAGGAAGGUGACCUUCGAUGUGACAGAGUCGGACCUCAGCAGCACCGCGGAUCCACCGGAUGGGACAGGAGGCCAUCCCACAGUCCCGGCCAAAGUCCAGGAGUUAGCAGAGUCCCUGCAGCAGAUCUCAGGCCAGCUCAACACCGUCCUGAGUGCACUGGAUUCAAUAGCUCAGAGGCAGAGUGCCACACCUUACACAGCCUUCACUCUGCCUCUAUCUCAGCCUCACUCCACCCCAGCUCCCACCUCUGCUACAGCCACCUCUGCCACAGCCACCUCCACGUCUGUCCCAGUAAUGCCCCAGAUGCACACCCUGGGCCCCAGCUCUUUAGCCCCACCUGCCCCAGUGAGGCUCUCAGAGCCUUCCUGGAGCUGGGCACCUCUGGGGAGCUCUGCUGCCACACCUCUCUACAGCUCCCCCCUCAGCAGUGGGCUGAGGGCCUCUGAGGACCUCAUCAACAGCCGAUGGAGCCAGAUUUUCCCUGGAGCAGCUAUGGACCCAGUUACCUCCAGCACCAUGAGGACCACCUCAGCCUACUCACCAUACACUCCCGUCAGUGAACACAGCCGCAGCCUGCGGUCCAUGCAGAAGUCAGUGGAGGUGGACGGCCAGAGGCUGCAGGGGCUGAUCGACGGCAACAAGAGGUGGCUGGAGAUGCGCAAGAAAGACACCAGCAUGUAUCCUUCUGUCACACAUACUCAACCACACACACUAACACACAAAAAGGUUCAGUAUCCACAUGAAGAGCGCACAAGGCAGUGUCUGGUUUUUAACCUCAUCUCAGUACCUCUGUUCACUCGUUAUCGGGCUCCGUCCUCCACGAGCGGCCUGGUCCAGCUAGGCCUUGACGACAACAACCAGAUUAGAGUCUAUCAUUACUGAGGACACGAUGCACAGUUCAGUCCUGUUGCCCCAUGACUGGCACCGAGGACUUUGACUGGCUUGAAUGACUGUGGCAGGUCAGAGCCUCACAUUUUUUUUUUUUAACUUUCAGUGCAAAGGUUUUCAGGGAAAGUCCGGGCCUCCUCUGCUGUGAUUGGAGGAAGAACUGACUGCAGAGAAUACGGCCGUUCAGGGAGCCACAUGUCACACAGGGCUGAGGACUUUUAUCCUCCAAAUGAGACAGGGCUGCGAGAAGCAGACGACUCCUUAAAGCACUUCAGUGUCAUGUUUACAGAUUUUUUGCUCCAGACUUGGGCCAAACACUUUUCUGAAUGACAAGCACUGAGGAACAUCACCAUGUCUUCUUUAUUACUGAGAACUUCCCAUACAUCAUGUGAUUGGUCUUCAUGUUGUGAACUCCACUCAUUUGCUUCUGCAGGCAGGAUAUAACAUUAAAAAGCAGUGUUUUACAGAUGAACAGGGGUCCAGCUCCAUUUCACGACAGGUUACAUUUGUAUUUAUGCCACUGGUUUUGUAAAUGAUGUGUGUGAACUGUUGGGUUUUUAAUAAUUCCUUCGAUUCUUCUCAUUUUAGUCUUUCAAAAACAGGAAUCGCUGUUGUUUGGGUAAACAUGAAGCCAAUCUGCUUUUAUUUUACAUUACUUUUCCUGUUCUCUCUCUUUAACACAGACCUAGUGCAGCAGUUGUUGUGAGUCGUCGACUAGUAAACUUUAAACCAAUGUGUAGGCAGAAAAAAAUGUCCUUUGUGCGUGUAUAUUUGUGUAAAUGCUGUAUUUUUUACUAAGUAUUUUAAUAAAUUUAAUUUUAUACAUAUGCA